AUGGACAAGUACAUAAAGAUUGCUGAUCAUUUUCCUGGAAAGACAAUUCGUGAUGUGGCAUUUCGCAUCAAAUGGAUAAUUGAAAAGGAAAUUAUGAAAAAAGAUAAAAUGGGUACAAAGAAAUUGGAUGAUGACAAAUCAAAUAUCUUUUUGGGUUCUAUUAAUUCACAUGAGACUGACUCAUACAAAGCUACAUUAGGCGUAGUUGGAGAGCUGUUGGAAGAAAACAACAAAAUUUCUGAUCAAAUUACCUCAAAUUUCAGCUUUCUCGAGAUACAUACAAAUUCCAAUCUUUUAAGCCACAUAAGGAAUAACAUAUUUAAAAUGUUUAGCUACUUUGACGAAGAUAUAGAGAUAAUGAAGAACCUGCCGCCAAUUCCUGAUAAGAUUAACAUUGAUGUUGCAAACUUGUUCCUAGGAUCUUCUUAG